AUACUUCUUGAUUAUGGUACUCGUCUUCGCUAUAAAUACCGCUUGCACAAACCCAUUCAUGCAACACAACCCAACACAAACCCUCUUGCUAGGUCCUCUCUCUCGCUUGUCCUAGAAAAGUUAGCCAUGCAAACCCUAAAGCCUCAUGCAGCUCUCCUCGCCAGCCCCGGCAUGGGCCACCUCAUCCCUGUCGUGGAGCUUGGGAAGUGCCUCGCCGCCCACCAUGGCUUCGAUGUCACCAUCUUCGUGGUGGCACCUGACUCGUUGAUCAGGGAAUCCCCUGUUUUCAGCUCGGCGUCGGCUCUGAACCACCUGAAGCUCGUCUUGCUCCCCCAAGUGGACAUCUCUGGGCUCCCCGACUCGACCUCCUCGGUCGUGACCCAGCUCGUGAUGAUGAUGCGCAAGGCCUUGCCUUCGUUGAGGGCUGCAAUCUCCUCCAUGAGGGCACGUCCAACGGCUCUCGUGGUCGAUUUGUUCGGAACUGAAGCUCUGGCUGUGGCUGAGGAGUUUGACAUGCUCAAGUACGUUUUCAUCACUUCGACAGCGCGGCUUCUCGCAGCCACCAUUCACUUGCCCACCGUAGAUGGGAAAGUAGAACAGGAGCAUCGUAUCAUGAAAAAGCCUUUGCAAAUUCCAGGUCUUGAACCAAUCCAAUUCGAGGACACCUUAGACCUGUUUUUGGACCAGACCGAUAAGAGUCUUUAUGCCGAGUAUACUCGAAUUGGGAGGGAGAUACCGACGGCCGAUGGAAUUCUAGUAAACACGUGGCAAGAUCUAGAGCCUUCAGCGUUGCAUGCACUGGAAGAUGACAAGUUCUUGGGCCGCGUCACUAAGGCGCCGGUUUACCCAGUCGGUCCAUUGGUCAGACCGGUUGGACCGAAUUCAAAGAGUGAGGUGAUGAACUGGUUGGACAUGCAACCAGUCGAAUCGGUCAUUUACUUUUCUUUCGGGAGCGGCGGGACCCUAUCGGCUGAGCAAACCACCGAGCUGGCCUGGGGGCUGGAGCUGAGCCAGCAGAGGUUCGUUUGGGUGGUGCACCCGCCCAUGGACGACGACGCGUCCGGGAAUUUCUUCAACGGGUCCAACGGCCAGGAUGGGACUCCUAAUUACCUCCCCGAGGGUUUCUACACCCGGACCCACGAUAGGGGAAUGGUGGUGCCCAUGUGGGCGCCGCAAACCGAGAUCCUAGCCCACGAGUCCGUGGGAGGGUUCGUGUCGCACUGCGGCUGGAACUCGACCUUGGAAAGCAUAGUGAACGGAGUUCCCAUGGUGGCGUGGCCACUCUACGCGGAGCAAGGGAUGAAUGCCACCAUGCUGGUGGAGAAGCUCGGCACAGCGGUCCGGUCAAGGACGAGGCCAGCUGGCGGGGCGAUCGGGAAGGAGGAGAUAGCAGACAUGGUGAGAAGCGUCAUGAAUUCGAAAGGGAAUGGGAUGAGGACUAGGGCCAAGGAACUGCAGCGUGGUGCCACGGGAGCCGUACUCAAGGGCGGCUCCUCUCACAAUUCACUGACCCGAGUGGCCAAGGAAUGUGAAGUGAAGCUGCACAGCCUAAGUGCCAGGGCUCUUGGCGCUUAGAAAUUGCAUAGAUUCAGCUUCCUUUUUUCUGUUUGUCCGAUGCUUUUCGUGAUCAUCUUUUUGUUCUCCUUCUUUCGGUUUCGAAACGUGCGGAACGGCGGCAGUGGAUUUAUCUAUAUGCAUAGAAUCAUCUCUAGUUUUGUCGUACCGGUUUUUCUUAAUAUAUAUGCCAUGGUGACAGGAAAA